ACGUACGAUUAAAGGAAGGGGUUUAGUUAACUUAACUUCCUAAAAUCUUCAUGAAGCAUUCGAUAAUUUAAUGAUAUGUGUGUACAUUGUGUUAAUUUAAGAUAGAGAGAAUCUCAAAUAAGAUACGCAACGUCAAUUUCUGUUAUCUCAGUCGGGAUUACAUGAAUUAGUUGCAUUCAUUCCAAGCACCGUGGUAACACCCUGUCAACCAUGACUCUUCAGUGGACAUUCGUCGCUGGGUUCCUCUACCUAGAGGCAGCUAUCCUUCUCCUUCUCUUGUUGCCUUUCAUCAAGCCGUACAUGUGGCAGAAGAUAUUCAACUCUUCCAUCCUGAAGACAAUCAACUCAUUUUCUUACAUCUACUUCAAUGUGUUUAUCGGCGUCCUGGCCCUGCUGUUCUUUGAUGCCAUCCGAGAUGUGCGGAAAUACUCAGCAGCAUGGGAUGAGAUUGACAUUUCCGUUCCAGGGGCGGAGACGCAGCUCAACAUGAAGCUGUUCCGAUCCCAGAGGAACCUCUACAUCGCCGGGUUUGCCCUCUUCCUCUGGCUCGUGCUCCAGAGGGUCUGCACCUUGAUCUCAACCGAAGCCAGACUACAGGCCUCCAACGAGGCCUCCAUCAAGCAGGCCCAGGGGGCAUCGGACCACGCCCAGAAACUCAUGGCGGAACUGAAAGAACUCAAAGAGGCCAAAAAGGGAGAUGGUUCCUCGGUGGAUGAGAUUCCAGAUAACGAGACCAACGAGGAGUUGAUAAAAUGCAAGGAGGAGCUGGAAGCGGCCAAGAAGGAGCUACAGCAGAGCAAGACAGACCUGACAUCCAUCAAGAAGCAGGCCGAGGGAGUCAAUAUGGAGUACGACCGCCUCCUCAAGGAACAUGCCAGGCUGCAGCAAACUGUGGAGGAGGAAAACAACAAGAAAGAUAGCUAGACAGUCUCAUCAGUGAUUUCGACAGAGUUGCUCACUGCGGUCAAUUCCAUAUCUGUGCUAUGGUGGGGUUAACAUGGUGCUAGCCACUUUCUCCUUUCAUUUCACUGGAAUAAACGAAGUUGGCUUGCACCAUGUGUGCAGAAAGUUGUGAGCCAUUUCACUAUUCAUACCAGAUAUUUGCGCAGACCAAGUUUUACGUUUUAGUUCCCACGGGUAAUAGUGCUAAUCUGUGACAAGCAGGACCCAGUUUAAUAGAGCUGUUUAGCAGAAAGUAUAACUUUAAUGAAUAAACUUUUAUGAGGGCAGUGGUAAGAAUAAUUUCAUUAGGUGACAGAUGGAGUGUUCCAUGUCACCGAGUGAAAUAAUUAUUUCCAUUGCACGAAUGUGAAACAUUCAUUAUUAUUUGUGAUUUAUAUGCCUGAAUAAAGCCUCAUCAUCAGAGCCAUGUUGUAGUGUGACCAAUAGUGUGACCAUGCAAUGGAACUUUUAUUUACUGUUGAAUGGAACUGCUAUUUUUGCGGUUCUUAAGAGUCCGUAGAAUGUGUGAGCUUGAGUUCAAUGUUAAUAUAAUGAUUCUGGGAACUGCCUGGUUUUGCCAUAGGGCAUCACAGUUGUAAGUUUUGUUUUUAUUUGGAUAAUCAACUCUAACCCUGCUGCAAGUAAUUUGUCGAGACCCUGCCUGAUGCGAUAAGUUCCAACUCGGCCCAAUUGCAUGGCUCUGUUUAACAGUUAGCAGAAAAGUUGUGCAAACUAUAGCAGAAAUUGAUGUGCUAACUCUGUUUAAUGGUUAGCAGAAAAGUUGUGCAAACUAUAGCAGAAAUUGAUGUGCUAACUCUGUUUAACGGUUAGCAGAAAAGUUGUUCAAACUGUAGCAGAAAUUGUGCUAACCUUAAGCACUAUUUCGGUGUGGAUGUGCUAACUCUGUUUAACGGUUAGCAGAAAAGUUGUGCAAACUAUAGCAGAAAUUGAUGUGCUAACUCUGUUUAACGGCUAGCAGAAUAGUUGUGCAAACUGUAGCAGAAAUUGUGCUAACCUUAAGCACUAUUACGGUUGGGAUGUGCUAACUCUGUUCAACGGUUAGCAGAAAAGUUGUGCAAACUAUAGCAGAAAUGGUGCUAACGUUAAGCACUAUUUCGGCUGAAUGUGCUAACUGUUGCGCACGCAUGGAGAUUUCAUUGUAGUGUCACCAAAUUUAAGCAGCAUUUCCUCUGGGGUUACGUGUGCUUACUGCUUACAAUCUCCAUGAAAUAAACAGAGGCUCUGUUAGCAGAAAUUGUGUGCUUAGCAGCAUUACACAUUUGGGCCCAGAUAUUAAAGUGUAAAUGCCCGCCGAGUCCAUCGGCCGAUCUGGGUUUUUUUUCACAGCUCCAAUCAAUAAAAUCCAACAGAAAGUUGCUGCUGUUUGAUACCGUUGGUAUCAGCAGGGCUGGCUUCAAUGGAAAACCUGUAACACUUAAAUCUGUACUCAUAUUUACAAACCCCUAUGCCCACCGUCAGUCUCAACAAUUUGUAUUUUUAAUGUUAAAAGAACAUUUGUCCACUCGAUAUCAAGAAAAGGUAAAGAAAUAGUAAGCAGUAGGAUUUUUGGUCGUCGUCUUAUUUUGUUUGUAAUGCAAUUUUCUUUGUUUGAUUGCUCUGCUUUUAAAACUAAUUUAUAUUAUUGGUUUAUAAUUGGAAUAUCCUGAACACCUUUUGGCUCUAUAGUGGAGAAGGUUGCUUUUGUUUUUAAAUAAUUCAAGUUGCACUCAUUUUGAGAGAUUAUCUUUAAUUGGAUUGGUUAAUUUAAAAAUAAUGUUCAGAAUUGAGCAUUGUUGAUUAGUAGAAUAGUUGCAUGAGGUUCCGCAGCAACAACCACUCCAUCAGACAUGGCACAGCUAGAUCUUCUUAAAAUAGAGUCUUAAAACAGAGGCAUAAUGUUAAUCUUAAGAAAAUUAAGCAAAACAAAAAAGAAGGUAAUUUUAUUAACAGCUUUAAUCUAAAAAUGUAACCCGUUAAUAUUAUUUCUACACUUAUUAAAAAAACUAAUUUUACUGUUGCCUCUGCUGUGGCAUUAUUUAAGUAGAGAGAAUAUUUCUUUAAUGACACCGUGAACUGCUAUGGUACAAAUGAAGACUAUGGGUUUGUGAAUAACAUGCAUGUAUAUACAUUAGGUUUGCUAGAGAAGUGAAUAACAUUUUUUUUCAAUUCUAAUAAAACGGCUAAGCUCUGAAAAUGUUAUAUUA